AAUGAAAAUUCCAAGCAGGUUCAAAAUGGAAAUGUGUGCAAAAAUGAAAAAAGUGUAAGAAUAUACGCCGAUGGAAUAUACGACCUCCUGCACUUAGGCCACAUGCGGCAGUUAAAGCAAGCCAAGCAAAUGGAAAAGGAUGUAACGCUCAUCGUAGGGGUUUGCAGUGAUAUAGACACGAGAAAAUUUAAGGGACAAAUUGUGCAAACGUUAGAAGAGAGAACGGAGACCCUGAAACAUAUUCGGUGGGUCGAUGAAAUAGUAUCUCCUUGCCCGUGGGUGAUAACUCCCGAAUUUAUGGAAGAGCAUAAAAUUGACUUUGUCGCUCAUGAUGAUAUUCCUUAUGCCAACAAUCAAAAAAAGAAAAAAAAAAAAAAAAGGUAAAUCGAACAGUAUUGAAGAGCCUAAUGAUGAUUUAUACGCUUGGUUAAAAAGGGCAGGGAAGUUUAGAGCUACGAAACGGACAGAAGGAGUAUCCACCACAGAUUUGAUUGUAAGAAUUUUAAAAAAUUAUGAAGAUUAUAUUGAACGGUCUUUACAAAGAGGUAUUCACCCAAACGAACUCAACAUUGGCGUCACAAAGGCACAAUCCAUUAAAAUGAAAAAAAAUCUAAUCAGGUGGGGAGAAAAAGUUACAGAUGAAUUGACUAAAGUCACCCUCACCGAUAAGCCGCUUGGCACGGAUUUCGACCAGGGAAUAGACAUAAUAAGAGACAAGGUGCAUGGAUUAUUCAAACUGUGGAGACAACAUUCGAAAAAACUUCUAAAAGAUUUUGCAAAAUCAUUUGAUCCCAUGUUUAUAAUUAUCCGAAAGAAGAGUAAAAAGGACAACCUCUCGGCCAUGUACUUAUCCGACUCGAACUUUUUCUUAAGAACUGUGAAGGAGGAUUUAAGAAAAAGAAAAAGUUUAAGUAACACUAUAAACAACAUAGAUGAAUAUUACUACUCAGCUGAUGAGGAUGAUGACAGUAGCAGGGUGACCAAACUUUUUGGUGUAAUUAGCAAAGUUGCUAAUGAGUCUUAUAAUAACGAUAUGGAUAAUUAUGAAACGUGCUUUGAGUUGGAGGCUUGUUUGAAGGAACGGCGCAGGUGGGGAGGCCCCAUCGGGAACAGCGCCAAAAGUAAACAUACAAACAAUGACAACGAAAAAUUGGGCCCAGACGAACUGCUAUCACUUUCCAGUGAAGGGCAAACGAAAAACGGCCCUCAAUCGAGUCAUUAUAAUGGAAGCCAAAAUGAACAGUUAAUAAAAGCGAGCAAUGUAAACAGAAAGAGUGAUUGCGAUUUGUACAAUAAGACGACCUACCAUGAUAUAAUUGAUGAAGAGGAUCUCCCUAUGGGGGCAAGGACCAACAAGUGCAUACUGGAAAAAAAUUCCAACGAGAUGAGUUCCUGCAGAGAACACAAAAGUAGCAGUUUCGAUAAGGACGAAUAUAACAGCUGCUCAGAUUAUCCCUAUGGGGAUGGGAAGUGUAGUAACAUGAAAAUAAAAAGGAGGAAUAAUUGCACUAAGAAUAAAUUAUCAAAUGUGGGAAAAAUGGAAGAUUCUGCAGAGGAAAGUCAUUUUACCUGUAGCGAAGGAGGUAGUAGCCGCAGUGACAGCAGUAGUUAUAGCAGCGCCUGUGGUGGAAUGGGUCAUACGCCAGAAAGCAGUGACGCAUCGGAGUGUCCCAAAAGGGAGGACAAACAGGGUGAUGACGCACAGGGGGUGAACAAAUCGAGUCAGGGAAAAACAGGCGAAACUGACCAAGUGAACAAUGUGCCUAAGGGCACCCCAAAGGAAAAGAAAAAAAUUGUAAUUUAUGCAGACGGAGUGUACGACAUGCUCCACUUGGGGCAUAUGAAGCAACUGGAGCAAGCGAAGAAGAUGUUCGAAAAUACAGUCCUCAUAGUAGGUGUGACUGGUGACAAUGAGACGAAACUUUUCAAAGGACAGAUUGUGCAAACAUUGGAAGAAAGAACCGAAACGUUGAGGCAUGUCAGAUGGGUUGAUAAAAUUGUAUCUCCGUGUCCGUGGAGCAUAAAAUUGACUUUGUCGCGCAUGAUGAUAUUCCUUAUGCUAAUAAUCAAAAAAAAAAAAAAAAAAAAAAAAGGUAAAUCGAAUAGUAUUGAAGAGCCUAAUAAUGAUGAUAUAUAUGCUUGGUUAAAAAGGGCUGGGAAGUUUAGAGCUACAAAACGGACAGAAGGAGUGUCCACAACUGAUUUGAUUGUAAGAAUUUUAAAAAAUUAUGAAGAUUAUAUUGAACGGUCUUUACAAAGGGGUAUCCACCCGAAUGAACUAAACAUUGGCGUCACAAAAGCACAAUCCAUUAAAAUGAAAAAAAAUCUAAUUAGGUGGGGAGAAAAAGUCACAGAUGAAUUGACUAAAGUCACCCUGACCGAUAAACCACUUGGUACCGACUUCGAUCAGGGAAUAGAAAACCUCCAAAUAAAAUUUAAAGAAUUAUUUAAAAUAUGGAAAAAUGCAUCUAACAAAUUAAUCAAUGAUUUUACAAGCAAACUUGACACAACGUCGUAUUUGUCUUCCCUCCAAAACUUCGUCGACAAUGAGUACGAUUUUUACGACUCUGCUAGCAGCGUCUGCGAAGAAGAAACCAAUAGUUGA